AUGUCUUUCGAUGAAGGGUUAGUGUAUGAGAGUGACCCAGAUGAUCUCGAGUACGAAUAUCUGGGGAGUGAUGUCGAGAGUGAAAAUGUUGGUGGUGAAAACAGAAGUUCGGGGGACGAUGAUAGUGUGGUUAAGAAUGAGGGAGACGACAAGGGAGAUUACGACGAUUCCGAUGAAAGAGAUGACAGAGGUGGUGAUAGAGACUUACGUUUCGAUUAA